AUGGUGAGAAUCCAGACCUCACGCCUCGUCAAGCCCUUGUACGACGACGACGACGGCGGCAGCAUUCCGCCGCCGACUACCGAUUCCAUCCCGCUCAACAUCUUCGACAAGGUCACCUACAACACCCACAUGGCCGUGCUCUACGCCUACCGCCCGCCGACGCCCUCCAACGCCACCAUCGAACUAGCCCUCCGCAAGGUCCUGGCCACGUACAGAGUCAUGGCCGGCCAGCUGGGCGAGAACCAGAAGGGCAAUCCCGUCAUUCUGCUCAACGAUCGCGGCGUCAAGUUCGUCGAGGCCGUCGUCCACGACAGCUUCGACAAGUUCCUGCCACUGGAGAUGUCACCAUUGCUGCUCGACUUCCACCCCGAGUUGAAGCAUGCAGAGGAAAUCACCCUGGUCCAGCUCACCCGGUUCGGUUGCGGGUCGCUCGUCCUCGGGUACUCGUCCCACCAUCACGUGGCCGACGCGUUCUCGGCCAGUAAUUUCCUCGUGGCGUGGGGUCGGGCUGCUCGAGGGCUCGAGCUGGGAUCGGUUCCGUCGAUGGACCGGUCCAUAUUCUGGCCUCGAGUCCCGCCCGAGUUCGGGUUCGACCACGUCGGGGUCGAGUACAAGAAAACCAAAACCCUUUCCGGUCGGAUUGUGGUUCGCGACCGGUUUGCCGGUUCGGACAUCGUGAACCACAAGGUCCAUUUCACGGUUGACUUCAUUGGCAAGCUAAAGGCAAGAGCAUCUACCGGGAGACCAAACGGCGUCGCUGCGUACAGCACUUUCGUGAGCCUGGUGGCCCACUUGUGGCGGGCUAUAACCAAGGCCCGUGGGCUGAGCCCAAUCGAGACGACGUCGGUUCGGAUCUCCGUCAACGGGCGGACCCGGCUGAGUCUCGAUCCACCGGUCCCGUCGGAUUUCUACGGCAAUUUGGUCCUGUGGGCGUUUCCGACGGCGAGGGCGAAGGAGCUCGUGAGCAGGCCGAUGGGUUACGCGGCGAAGAUAAUCCAAGACGCGAUUGUGCGCGUGGACGAUGCUUACUUCAAGUCGUUCAUCGACUUCGCGUCGCAGGAGGCGGCGGAGGGGGAGGAUGGGGAUCUGGUGCCGACGGCGGAUAUGGGGAAGGCGGCGCUGUGGCCGGAUUUGGAGGUGGACAGCUGGCUGAGGUUUCCUUUCUACGAGUUGGAUUUCGGCGGCGGGAGUCCGUUCAUAUUCAUGCCGUCGUAUUACCCGACGGAAGGGAUGAUGUUUCUGCUGCCUUCGUUCUUGGGGGAUGGGAGUGUGGACGCGGUGGUUCCGUUGUUCCGCCAGAAUUCGGCUGUUUUCAAACAAAUUUGCUAUUCCCUGGAUUAG